AUGCGUGUAUUAUCCAUCUGUUACUCCCUUUUAUUCAAAAAUGCACAGAUGAACGCAUCAAGCAGUGCCUCUUCUGAGUCUUCAGGUCCUCUGCAUCCAUUUUCUGCAUAUUUAGCAUCAUUGGAAAUAAAAAAUGGCGUUUCACAAGUUCCGGCUGCCGGUGCUAUCACAACUCAUCUUUCUUCCAUAUGGAGCACUUUGUCUGCUUUUGAUUUUCUAGAUAUCUCUUCGUUAAUAUUCUUCACUGCCCUCUUCUAUCUUCUGGCUGCUUCCGGGCCGAGUUACCUGCCUGUUGCAUUCAUUAGCUCUCUCACGCCUCGACCUGCUGAAGCAAGCCCGGCUAUACGGUCUUUCUACGAAGCAGUUGAAUCAGCUAUUAGUGGGGUGUUUGCUGCCACAUUAAAGCUGGCCGCUUUUUAUGGUCUCUACACGACUUUGACACACAAUCUACUCGGUCUUGAUUUGGUUGUUAUACCUUCAGGUAACUUUUUUUAG